UCACGUCGCAUCACAUGUCACCAAUUGGCCCGGGAGAGACACUGCAGUGCUGCUGAAGACCAGGCAGGGAUUGGAGUGAAGGCUAACCAUGGCGGCCUCAGCUGAGGGUGUAGAGUUUGUGCGAACAGGCUAUGGGAAAAAUCUGGUGAAAGUUUUGUACAUAAAGCGCGAGGGGACAUUUCACUACAUCACAGAGCUGAAUGCCAACGUGGAGCUGACGUUGAUGACCAAGAAAGACUACCUGGCAGGGGACAACGCUGACAUCAUUCCUACAGACACCAUCAAGAACACUGUGCAUGCUCUGGCCAAGCUUAAAGGAGUUAAAACAAUAGAGGAAUUUGCACUGGAUAUCUGUGAACAUUUCCUAACAGCCUUCAAACAUGUCAGCAAUGCAGCAGUGUACAUCCAACAGGCACCAUGGAAAAGACUGGAGAAGAAUGGAUUGGAGCACGCCCACGCCUUUAUCUUCAGUCCUGAUGCAUGGCAUUUCUGUGACGUGACGCAGGCCCUCAAUGGAAAUCCUGUGAUUCACGCUGGAAUUAAGGACAUGAAGGUCCUGAAGACCACCCAGUCGGGCUUUGAAGGUUUCCUGAAGGACAGGUUCACCACGCUGCCAGAGGUCAAGGACAGGUGCUUCUGCACGUCUGUCUAUUCCAGGUGGCGCUACAACACAAGCAACGCGCCUUUUGCCGAUGCUUGGAAUAUUGUCAGAGACACGAUAAUUGAGAAGUUUGCUGGGCCAUACGACCGUGGGGUGUACUCGCCAUCUGUCCAGAAGACUCUGUAUGAAAGCCAAGUCAUGGUGCUAGACCGUGUUCCUGAGAUUGAAGAAAUUGAGAUUGUUAUGCCCAAUCAGCAUUACUUCACCAUCGACAUGACAAAAAUGGGCCUAUCAAACAAGGAUGAGGUUCUACUGCCCUUGGAUAGUCCGUCCGGAAACAUCACAGGAACUGUGAAGAGAUCACGGGCCAAACUUUGAUGUGAUCAACCUUGCUACAACAUUUUGGGAUGUUUACCAACUCAAAAGACAGCUGGAAUUCUGUAGAUUAUCAAGAGUAGUUAUCUUGUUCUAAGCCAAUAGCUACGAUGAUAGUAACAUUGUAAUAAAGACAAUUACAUCACGUGAAAUAGAUUUCAUUUAUAGCGCUUGUGCAUUUGCAAAAUCAUCACAUUUGUAGUCAUAUCAAAACACAUCAUUAACUGAGGGAACUGAGGGAAGCUUUCAACACUGUAGCCAACAGAAGGGGACCACACAUUCAAACCAAACUGUACCAAGCACACAGGUAUUGCCAACUGAAAUAAAAUUAUACAACAGCA